CGCCGCCCGGGGCCAGCAGGGUGCGUUGCGCCGCGCGGGGUCUGAGGCGGCGGCUUCGCUCCGCGCCCGCUCCCGGUCCCGCCGCUGCCGGAGAUCUGUCCUUUGCCCAAGGCAGCGAGUGCCCCUGCCUGUGCUGGAGGAGCGUGCCCACCCGCCCAGGAGGAGCCAACCAAGAUCCCUGGCAGUGCCCGACGGGACGGUGGCCGAGACUGCUGUGUGGCAGUAGGAAGGAUUCUCCUGUGCUGGGGCCUGGAGCCGAUGGCAGAGAAUGUCAACAACUAACAACAUAGCGCAGGCCCGGAAGCUGGUGGAGCAGCUCCGCAUCGAGGCCGGGAUCGAGAGGAUCAAGGUCUCGAAAGCCUCUUCUGAGCUCAUGAACUACUGUGAGCAACAUGCCCGGAACGACCCGCUGCUGGUUGGAGUUCCCGCUUCCGAGAACCCCUUUAAGGACAAAAAGCCCUGUAUCAUCCUAUAGCUCCAGCCCCGGAUCCCUCCGGAAGGGCAUCCUGCUCCAUCCACUGAAACCCAGCUCCAGCACCUGCACCUGCGCCCGGGGGUAAACUCUAAAUGUUGGCUUCAAACAGAACUUAAAUUCCCCAAAAAAAAAAACCCAAACAAGCGAAACAAAACAAAAACCACCGCAAACCAACCAAUUGCACGGAGAUAACAAUAAUCUGGGAGCGGUUUUUAGGGAAGGGCGUCCGUUCCCGGGAAAGGGAACGGGCUGCACGUGGAGAGGGGUCGGAAUUUAAAUUGGAAUUCGGAAUAAACCGGGGUGGAGGGAGGGAAGGGGAGGGGGGGAGGAUUUUAACAGGGAUAUUGGAGUUUGGGAGGGGGUGGUGGUGGGGUCGUGGUGUUCUGGGGUCGUGGUGUUCCCAGUGGGAUGUGAGGCCGGAGCUCCGGGACCUGGCGCUGGACACGGCUCCGAGUGCUCCGAUCCAAUUAAGUCUCCAAUCAGCAGGAAUUUGCUCUCGUUUUCUGGAGAGGGAACAAGAAGGGGGCCCGGGUGGGAGAGAUUUUGUAGAAAAUUAGUACCAAAAAAAAAAAAAAAAAAAAAAGGCAAACAAACAGACAACAACAACAACAAAAAAAACAGCUGGAAAAAUCCCUGUUGGGAAUGGCUGGAGGGAGGUGGGGGGGCCCCUUCCCUGCAUCCCAGGGCUCUGCUCGGAGCAGGGAAUGGCCCCGGGGGGGGAACAGAUCCCGGGAGGAAUGUCAGGGAGCCCCAGGGAUGGGGGAGGCCGGGACCAGCCCCCCCGGCUGCUCCUGGAGGGGGGGAAGGACCUUCCAGGUGGGCAUCCAGAAUCUGGGAAAAUGGGCCUUUUGGGGAGUUUCAGCCCAAAACACUGGGAGCAGCGAGUGGAAUUCUUUCCAGGGAACCCAGGGAAUGAGGCUCAGGGGGAGGUGGUCAGUGAGGUUUAGGGGAGAUGAGGGUGAGGAGAAGACACAGUUCCCAUCCCUUGGGAAUCCUGAACUGGGAUUUGACAGGGAGCACCGUGUUCCCACUGGGAUAACCCGGCACGGAGCAGGAAGAGGGGGAGCGGGAGAGCCUUCCUGCCAGGGAGCCUGGGAGUGUGCUCAGGAGAGAGCCUGGAGCUCAGGGAAGUCCCAUGGAGCUCCCCAGCCGCUGGAUCUGUCGGGAAGGGGACGGAUCCCGGGAUUGCCAAACCCGACCCAUGUCCCCAGGGCAGAUCCCGGGGUUCAGCAGCUCCUUGGAACGUGGCCAACGCUCCCAGAAUCCCAGAAUUAGGUUGGACUCUGGGAUCAUCAAGUCCAGCUUCCCCCCGUAGGCAGAGGCACCGUUUGUGGCCAUUCCCAGUUAUCCUGAACACGGGUGUUGCUUUUGGGAAGAGAAGGAAAACACCAAACCAACCAACCAACCACACCUGCUGUGAAAUCCUGGGAGUUUCCCCGUUCCCCCAAAGCUUUGGAUUUGGUUUGAAACGCCAGAGCCUCCACUGGGAUGGGAACCACAGGGGGCAAAUCCCUUCAUGGGACUGGGAGCACUUCCCAUGGGAAUGGGGGGCUGGAGGAGACCCCUGGACUUGGCUGAUCCCCCCCCAUGCUGUCGUGGUCCAGUUGGAGGGAGAAUCCCUGCAGCCCAAACUGGGGCUGCUGGUGGGAGUCACUGGUGCAGGCAGGACACUGGGAGCUUCCCUGGCUGCUCUCCAGAGGAGGAUGGAAUUCCCAGGGCUGGCACUGGCUCCCAAGGCACUGGGAGCUGCUGGAGUGGGGCUCAGAGACAGGGAGAGGAGCAGAGCGUGGCUGGUACCCAGGGAAGGGGAUUCCUCCCGGGAUACCGGGGGGGCUGGGAUGGGCAGAGCUGCUCCGUUUCCAUUCCUUGGUUGCAGGAAUCUCGCCAUUCCUUGUUUUCAGUCUGCCAUCACUUGCCUUUUAAACAGAAUCGGGAAAAUCCCACGUUUUUAACACUAACGGAAACCUCCCGUGUGCGCCCGCCGCGGCUUUCCCGGGAUCCUGGGAAAAGCUCCUGUGUCCCCCCGCUGUGUCCUGGGCUCCUGACCCGGCAUCCCAGGGCACAGGUGACCCCUUGGAUGUCACCCCCUCCCGGUGUGAGGGAGCGGAGCAGGGAAAAGGGGGAUAUUUCCCUCUGUGCCCCGUCCCUGGCGCAGCCACAGCAAACCCUUUUUGGUGAGUUCUGUCCUAAAUCCAAAAUAACUCCAAGCUCCCACCCGCCGGGAGGGAACGGACACUCCGAGUCCAGCCUGGGCUCAGCCACAGCCGGGCUUUCCCUUCUCCAGGAGGGAAUUCCCUCUGUCCUUAAUCUCGUACAGUUCCAGCCUUAUUUUUCUACUCCAGAUCGCUGAUUCUUCCUCUGUGUUAGAGACCAGAGCAUGGUGCUAUCCCGGGGCCGCGGGCACGGAGCGGGAGCGGAGCCGGGAAUUCCCCCUCCUCCUCCUCUUCCUCCUCCUCCGCCACCCGGGCAGGGGCUGCCGGACCCCCCCCCCGGCACCCUCAGGGGCUCCAACAUCCCGCCCUUCCCGGAGGGAUCCUCGGCAAAUCCUGUGGGAUGCUCGGCCAGCGAAUCCUUUGGGAUGCUGGGCCGGCAAACCCAGCCAGACACACCCCGGUCCAGCAUUUUGGGGUCACUCUGCCUCCUCCCUCUUGUCCUUCCACCCACCCCGGGGUCCUGCCCGAGCCGUGCCCGUGUUGGAGCCGGGAGAAAGGGGCAGGGAGAAGGGAAGGAGCCGGGAGCUGGGAGAAGGGGCAGGGAGAAGGGAAAAGGAGCCGGGAAAAGGGGCAGGGAGAAGGGGCAAGCUGGGAAAAGGGGUGAGGAGCCGGGAGGUGGGAGAAGGGCAGGGAGCAGGGGCAGGGAGCCGGGAGAAAGGCCCUGGAGCCGGGAGAAAAUCCCUGGAGCCGGGAGAAAGGCCCUGGAGCAUCUCCCAUGGGAGCCUGGGGACAGGGCUGGGGGCUCCUUGGCGUGGGGACUCCGGAAUGUGCCGACAGACAGCCGAGGGUCCCGCCGGAGACGGGGGGUGGGAGCUGCCAGCGGGUGCUGGGGCUCCGUGGGUGACUCGUUUCGGUGGAAAAAAUCCUUGAUUUUGAAUUUUUUUGAAUUAUUUUUUUUUCUUUUUUCUUUUUCUUUUUUUUUUUGGUUUUUUUUUUUGGAAUUCUAUCCUCGUCCGAGUAAAUCCGUGCUCAUCCUGUAGGUGUUUUUGUAUGGCAUAAAUAGAAGUGCAGAUUCCAGUAGUUGCUUGUACUUUGUUAGUGCAUUUGCCAAAUAAAUUAAAAAAAAAAAAAAAAGAAAAAAAAAAAAGGGAAAAAGGAAGAAAAAAAAAAAAACCACACACACACACAAAAAAAAGACUUUUCAGGACUUUUUAAGUGCUGCAAAGGGCGAGGGGGGAGCGGGAGGAGCCGGAGCCCCGGGCUCCACAAAGGCCUUUUUUUGGAGGUAACCACAUGCCCAGAUCUGUCCAGCCUUUCUUUAUGGCAUGUGGUGAAAGCCGGUGCCAAAAAUAGAAAACUGGGAAAGAAAAGGGAGAGGGGAAACAUUGCUUCUAUUUAAUUUUUCCUCCCUUCUCUUUGUCCUGCCCUCCCUGUCUCGGGGGACGGAGCCGGGAGACUCCCGGGCACCCCGAGCCUGGUGUGGUCCAGAGCCUCUGGAUGCUCCCAAAUCCCCCCCUUGUUUCCAAGUGCUUAAAAAGUCGCCUUUAUUUAACAAAACCCCAAUAACUCAUUUAUCCGUCGCGCGGAGCCCUCGUGGGACCCUCCGCGCUCCUCCUUUCCUUCUCUCGGGUCUAUCCUUAUAAUUAUUAUUAUUAUUAUUAUUAUAAUUAUUAUUAUUAUUUGCCAAACUCUGGUCUCGUUGCCAAACGCCAAUCCAGGUUUGUACAGACUGUCCUUAGGAAGUGGUCGGUGUCUGUGCCGUAGGCUCCUCAUCCGUCUGCAGUUCCCGGGUUUUGUUCUUUUCUCUCUCGUGUGCCAUAGCCCGACUUCUCGCACAGUGUUUAAUAUUUUGUGGAAUUGUUGUUCCGAAGUGAAUGGAUAACACAAUAAAAAGGCUCACUUUGCAUUUU